AUUUCUGAAUGCUGUAGGUUGCAACAGAUUGCGAAGUUUAUCACGAAUUGAACGAGAACUUUAUGCUUGAUUUUAGGUUUAAAGAGUUUUGUUAGCCGUAUAAUGCCGUUAUUUUCUAGUUCCUCACCCUUUGAUCAAGAUGUUGAGAAAGCCACUAGCGAACUCAACACAACAGAUGACUGGCAGCUUAUUAUGGAAAUAUGCGAUCGUAUUCCACGUUCAUCGAGUGGACCUAAAGAUGCAUUGCGAUCGAUAAUGAAGAGAGUCAACCAUAGGGUUCCCCAUGUUGCUAUGCAGGCCUUGACUCUUUUGUCAGCAUGUGUAAAUAACUGUGAUAAAGUAUUCCACUUGGAGGUGUGUUCAAGAGAUUUUGUCAAUGAAGCAAAAAAUAUAAUUUCCAGGGGACAUCCCAGAGUAACAGAAAAAUUGAAAAGUCUGAUAAAAGAAUGGGCAGUUAGCUUCAAGGAUGACCCACAGUUAAGUUUAAUACCAUCACUUUAUAAAGAACUUAAAGCUGAAGGGAUUGAGUUUUCUGAUAGUUCCAAGGAUUCAAGUUUAAGCUCAGCUGGCUAUACAACACGUUCAUCUGCAUCGUCAUCAUCAUCAACUGCCUCCCCACAACAGGAAGAUGAAGAUUUAGCAAAAGCAAUUGAGUUGUCCCUUCAAGAAGCAGAAGCAGGGAAGCCAAAAGUGUCUAGUUUGUAUCCGAGCUUUAGUUCACUUUCACCAGCGCCUUCAAGAAGAGUCGAGACGAAACAAGUGCGAGCGUUGUACGAUUUUGAAGCAGUUGAAGACAAUGAGCUUACGUUCAAAGCAGGAGAGAUUAUCUCCGUUCUUGAUGACAGUGAUGUCAACUGGUGGAAGGGAGAAACACAUCGUGGAGUUGGACUUUUCCCUUCAAAUUUUGUAACAUCGGACUUGUCAGAACCGGAGAGUCCCAAGAUAGACAAGAAAAAAGUCCGGUGGGCUGAUGAAUCAAGGCAACAAGCGGCUUCAGAAGUGUCUUCAGUCCCCGUCAGAACCGAGAUCAGCGAGGAAAAGAUCGACCUCUGCACAAACAUGUUAAAAGGAGCUAAUAUUGAAGGAGAAGACGAAAGGGAGGAUACGAUUCAAGACAUGGAGGAUGAAUGUAACCGCAUGGAACCUCUUAUCAAAGAAAAAAUCGACGAGAGUGAAAGAAAACGCCAGGAAUUAUCCUCAAUGAAUGAGCAGUAUCUGCAAGCACUGAGCUUGUAUCAGAGGUUGAUGAAAGAGCCUUUACCAGUUCCCACUCUGCCGUAUGGAUAUGGAAGCAGUCCCCAGGCUUCUAUGAGCAUGUAUCAGGUGCCAGGUUCCGCAGGACAGCAAUAUCCUCAAGCUCCUCAGCUUUAUGCCCCACAUCCUGCAGGCUAUCCCCAGGUCUCUCCUCCUACUUCACUUCAGUACAUGAGCGACCCAGGCACUGUAAUGGGAUCGUCUGGUGUGAGUACGGCUUAUUCCAGUCAAGGUCCUGUGCAACCCUAUGCAGGUCACGUGCCUAACCAACCUACACAGCCCAGCCAGGCACAUUAUACUGCUCCCCAGGCAUCAAUGCAGCCGCGAAACAACGUUCAACAAACGUUCCCGAGCCAACAACAGGUUCAAGCACCACCGAUGUCCUACCAACAGCAGCACUUACCCUACCAACAGGGGUUCCCUGCGGCACCUCCCGAGUACCCAUCCCAGAGUGCACCACAGGAUUACUAUGGCCAGUCCCUAACACAACCUAGUGCAUCAGGUUACCCGAGUUUCCCCGCGCAGCCACAGAUGGUUUAUUCGCAGCAACCGCUGAUCUGAUAGUGACAGUGCUGGUAGUCUCAUCUUGAAAUAUUUCUUAGCGUUUAAAUUUCGCUGAUUAAAAGCAGCGAUAUAAUUCGCCUUAUUUCGGGCAGCAUUGAUCAUGUAAAAACGAUUCUUAUCCUAAAAAUUAAUGGAUUACUUUAACAAAAUUUGAUAAAGUGGAAUCAUAAAUAGGGUCGAAAAUGACUGCUAUCUAGAAUUCCAAAAUGAAAACGGGUGAACUUUGGCGGAGCGUGGGUUCGAUUCAUUUUCACAGUAAAUUAUCGAGCGAGAAGGAAAACAUUUCUCUAAAUUAUCCGUCAAGGUUUGAUCUUCCCUCCCUCUUCAUCGAUAUUUUAGAAGUUUGCGAAGGCAUAACUACAGUUAUCUCUUGUAAUCAUUUCCAAAGAAGUACAAAGUGGAAGAAUUUAUUUCUUAUGAAGUGUUCUUAAACGAUACCAAUAAAGAAAAAAGGAAAAUCAACUUGUACAAAACGAUUAACAGUACCACUUGUAAGUAGGACGUAGCACAUGUAGCUGUAAUUUGAAAGGUUUCACACAAGAUAUCUUGUGAUCGCACCGCACGGCUUAAUGAGCAGUGCCAAGUGAAUGCACUGAACUGUUAUUAGAUAGCCAUUCUCGGCUUACACACAGUCCAAACGGUUAGAUUUACCUUGUUUAGAACAGUAAGCAAUUUGCCUAAAAGUGCUGCUUGGUAGCUUUAACUGAAACAGUUAGAGGAAUUUAUACACUAAUUUAACCCUUUAUACUCUGACAUCAGUAUGCAUAUUCCCCAUACUGUUUUCUAUACAUUUGAUAAGGUGCUGACAUGGAGAAUUUGUUUAACAAUCAAGAGCUUUAGUUUCUUUACUCUCCUGACCAUAAUGUUUGAUUUAGGGGCGAUAUGGUUAGGAGAGAUUAGAUACUAGUCACUCUUAGGGUUAAAGCGGUAAAAGUUUUUGCACAGUUUACACAGUAAUAAACAGUAGCACAUGCACGCUCGUGACUUAAAUUUAUUUAACUACUCGCGCAGUCGGGUUUUAGCCUCGCUCUUAAAAGUUAAAUAUACUUUGUACAACAAAACUGACAUCACUGGCAAAUGAAAGUAUUGCCUUAGCGCUUCAACUUAGCCUCGUGGAGGCGAAGAAUUGUCAAUCAACGAUUGAUUAUGGUUAUGGAUUCGAAAUUCAAUCUUUUCAUUUGCCAGUUAAGUUAGCUGUAGUUCGUUCCUUUGUUUUACUAUUAUUACAAACUUCUUUCGAAAUUUUUGCUCAUUAUUUGAAUGUUGAAAUUAUAAGUUAGAAGCGGUAAUUAGACCAGACCAAGUGGAAUGAAGUGGGUACUUUAUGAAUAUGGUCCUAUCAGAAAUAAACGAAAAAAGUAGUCAUUGAUUAUGAGAGGUAGUUAGAUUUGUGUUUUAAUCCGUUAUACUGUAGGGAAACCGGUGUCCUCAGAGGCAGUAGGAAGAAGGGUGACAUGCCUGAAAUUUUGAGUAAGAAGUUGUAAUUAGACCAGACCAAGUAGAAUGAAGUGGGUGCUAUCAGAAAUAAAGGAAAAAAAGUAGUCAUUGAUAAUGA